AUGUCGGACAUCAAGGAGUCUCAUGUCACUACAACCUCAGAGAAUGGCGACCACAAAGGUGCCGUGGCUGAGAUCGCCAUCAUCUCUGGCUCUGAAGCUAUAGCAGAGGCUAAGUUGAAGGAGCCUGUACAACGCUUCUCUAGCUCUGCUAUGCUACUCUACGUCUGUGCAUUUGUUGGCUUCUUUUGCUCGACAUGCAAUGGUUUCGACGGAUCCAUGUUCAACUCCCUUCUCACCAACAACACGUUCAAGGAAUAUUACAAUGUCGAAAGUACGGGUGCCUGGGCUGGUAUCGUCACUUCCAUGUACCAGAUUGGUGGUGUUGUCGCCCUUCCCUUCAUUGGCCCUGCCUGUGAUACCUGGGGCCGCAGGAUCGGUAUGAUGAUUGGAGGAGUCCUUGGCUGCACCGGUGUAAUCAUUCAGUCAACUGCUCCUGCAUCCAACCCUGUUGGUCAAUUCAUGGGUGGUCGCUUCUUGCUUGGCUUCGCGGUUCCCAUCAUGACAACAGCUGGACCUCUCCAUGUCAUCGAAACUGCGCAUCCAGCUCACCGAGGUGUCAUUACCGGUCUCUACAACACGUUCUGGUUCGUUGGAUCGCUCCUCGCAGCCGGUGUCACACGUGGAUCAGCCAAUCUCUCAGGCAACCAAUCCUGGAGGAUUCCCGUCUGGCUUCAAAUGCUUUUCCCGGCCCUGCUCGUUGUACUCCCCCUUCUCCUACCCGAGAGUCCUCGUUGGCUUUACACUCGCGGUAAACAUUCUCAAGCCAAGAAAACUCUCGCCAAAUACCACGGUUGCGGUAACGAGGAUAGUAUCUGGGUCUCUAUGCAGAUUCGCGAGUACGAGGAAUACCUCAACAUGGAUGGAGGUGAUAAACGCUGGUGGGACUACGGCUCUCUCUUCAAGACACGUCCAGCGCGCUACCGUCUCGCAUGCAACUGUAUCGUUGCUAUCUUUGGUCAGUGGGCAGGUAACGGUGCUGUCGACUAUUUCAUCUCCGGUGUUCUCGAAUCUGCGGGCGUCACGGACGAGAUCAAAAAGAUGAACAUUAACCUGGGCAAGAGCUGUAUGCAGCUUGCUUUCGCUGUCGUUGGUGCUCUUUGUGUCGACAAACUGGGUCGUCGUCCUAUGCUAAUCGGCACUUUCUCAACUGUGACCGUUAUUUGGGCCGGAGCUAUCGGCGCUGUUUCUUACCAGAACAAGACCCAGAGCAUUCCUGCCGGCAAUGCCUUUGUCGCAUUGGUCUUCCUCUUCAACGCUGUCUUUGCCUUCGGUAUCACUCCGCUCCAGGCUCUAUACCCCGUUGAGGUGCUCUCAUUCGAGAUGCGUGCUAAGGGCAUGGCCUUUUCCAACUUGGCACUCACAACGGCUAUGUUGAUCAACCAGUUCGCAUACCCUAUUGCUCUGGAGAAGAUUGGCUGGAAGUUGUACAUCGUCUUCGCUUGCUGGUGCCCGGUCCAGGCUUUCGUUGUCUGGCUCUUCAUCCCCGAGACCAAGAAUCGCACCCUUGAAGAGAUUGACGAUAUCUUCAAUGCACCCAACCCGAGGAACGCCUCGCUCAUCAAGAAGAAGCUCGCCACCGACGCACAAGGAAACGUCCUUGAAGUCGAGAAGAUUUAA